AUGGCUAAAAAGAUUGCUAAGAAGAAAAAGCGAGUGGUAGUUAAAGAUGAAGAUGAAGUUGUACCUGAAUCCCCGGUUCAUGAUACUGAUCAGAUAGUUUCAUCACCAAAGAAGGCUUCUCCAAUUCAUUCGAAUGUUGAGGUGACUGGAUAUGGUGAUCAUUCAAAAAUAUCUACUCCUAUUAAGGAUGCUGUCAUACCACCCGGAGUCUCGAAUACCAAAUUAGUUACUAAGGAGGUUCGAACUUUAGGCAUCCCUGCGAACAUAUCUAAUAUGGACACAAAUGGCACCAUGGGUGAAGGAGUGCUGAACAACGAAGCUCAAGGUAAUCCUACGAUUGCUAUCUCUUCUACUUUCGAUACAUCUACCAUUUCCACCAAUAUCUAUUUACCACUAUUUGUUUCUACUAUUUCCACCACUUUACCACCAACUACUCAUUCUCCAACUUAUCAUCAAAUCCUUCAACAACCCAUUACUUCUCUAUUUCCAUCCCAGUCUACUGAUGGCCCUAAAAUAGUAAAUGAUGAUGAUACCACUGUAGAUGGUGAGUUUACGGGUACAUUUGAUGACCUCGAAUUUGAUCCAGAAGAAGAAAACAUACCAGAUCAUAUGUUGAUGUCUGGGGGUUGUCAUUUGAUAUCGAAGAUAGAAGUUGAUGUUAUGCUCAAGGCUCAAGAGCUUCGUCUGAGGGAUGAGUUGGAAAUUCUGGAUCGAAACAACGAAAAACAUGUCAAGGCUCAAUCGUCGUCUUUUGAUCAGGAACUGAAGGAACUAAAAGUUGUGCCAAAAGAAAAACAUAUUUUAUUUGUUCAAGAUGUUAAGAAAGUUCGAGAAGAUGUUAAUCUCAAACUGGAGGAGUUAAGGGUAGAUAUAGCGAAGGAAGUUGCUGCUAUAUCUCAUGAUUAUUCUAUUAUUCCCAAAAACGUAGAUAUCAUUGCAGAUGCAGUUACAGAUGUGAUUGGUUCAUCAUCUUCACUAACUAUUCCUGAUUCUUUACCCCAAAAGUGUGUUGCUUUGGAGUCGACACUCAAACAUGAAUUGGCUCCCUUAGCCAAGUUGUUGAAUCUAAUGCCAAUGAAUGUCCCACCUAUCCAGAAAGGGGUACAAGGGAGAGAAGGUAUUGGUGCUGGAUUUGGGGUGAGUUCGAAGUUUAGCAUGGGAGGAAAGGGUGUAGUUGUUGAACCUACUGCUGAAGAAAAGAAAGCAACUAUUGAAAAGGAGAUUGAAAAGCAAAGGCAUAUACAGAGCAUUCUACAACAUAGAGCUAGUGAUCCUCCUGGUCUAGACAAAGGAGAUCCUUCAAAGCAUUACUGA